AUGACCACCUUAUCGGGACUAGCCUGCCUCAACUACCCGAACGCUAUAAAGCCCAUUGUUGACAACCUGCCUAGUUUCCUUAGGUUCAAAUGGGAGAAAGAAGUGGUCAAGUACGCGGAAGAGAACAACGACCUCUAUCCCACAUUCCACCAGUUCUCGGUAAUGAUUCAUAAGCAAGCUAGGUUGAAAAAUCAUCCGAACAUGGUAGCUAGUGAACACCUAAACCCCAACGACCCACGACCCAGAGAUCCAAAGAGAGAAAGACCGAAAGACAAUCGUGUGUUCAAAACAAGAGCGGAGGACAUCAACGACGAUAAAGAGUUUGGUGUUGACAAUAAGAACGAAAGGUUCUGUUCAUUUCACGAAAGAAAGGGACACGAACUCGGUGAGUGUAAAGCCUUUAGUAAAAAGACUUUGGAAGAAAGAACUGAUUGGAUUAAGAAAGCCGGUCUCUGUUUCCGAUGCCUGGUCGGGAAACAUUGAGCGAAGCAAUGUAAGGAAAACGUGAAAUGUGGGAAGUGUAAGAGCGAACGACAUCCAACAAUAUUACACAAAGAUAAGGUCGAGAAGCAAGAAAACGAGGAGAGAAAUAACGACGAGGAGCGAGUUAACGAAGAUUUACAACCGCGAUGCACUUCUGUCUGUCAGGGGAGAUUAGGAGGACUAUCUUGCAGUAAGAUCCUGCUCGUAGAUGCGUAUGCAGAAGACAGACCGGAAAACGCCCACAAGGUGUAUGCUAUAAUGGAUGAUCAAAGUAAUGCAUCAAUGAUAAGCCCAGAACUAGCAGACUUGUUAGAUAUCGAUAGCCCAAAGCAAAAAUACCUUCUUACGACAUGUAGUGGUGCUAAAGAAACAAAGUAUGGUCGGAGAGUAUCUGGGCUAUUCGUGAAGUCAAUGUGUGGCAGAAUCGCUAAGUUACCUAACCUCAUUGAGUGUGAACACGUACCACAGGACAAGACCUAG